AUGGCGGAAUCUGAUCUUGUCCACUUCUUCGAUCUCGACUCGGUUAUCCCAAGUCCGUUCAGAUCGAGGUCUCCGAAUACGCUCAAGACGCGAAUAGUCCUCAACUUCAAAUCAAUAAGCUAUACGCAGAGCUGGAUAUCGUAUCCUGAUGUGGCACCCAUGCUAAAAGAUCUCGGUGUAAAACCAAACCAGAGCGGAAAGUCCUAUACUCUGCCUGCUAUCUGCCAUAAAUCGAUCACAUCUAAUCCAAAUGGUAUUAUGAUGGAUUCUCUAUCAAUUGCUAAGCAUCUUGACAAGCUUUACCCGUCACCACCUCUAUUCCCUUCGGGUAUUUCUACUCUAGCACUCCUCGAGGCAGUAGAUAAGAUUAUAGGUGGUAUGGCCCCGGCCCUACGACAAUUACUACCUCCUAAAGUACCGGAUAAACUAGAUCAACGCGGGAAAGAAUAUUUUAUACGCACAAGAACUCAAGCCUUCGGGAAACCUUUAUCGGAUUUACUUCCAACAGACGAGAAAACACUCCAAGACCUAUGGUGCUUGAUUGAAAGCCAAAUGAAUAUGAUAAUUCUUAUGUUGAAAAACCGACCGGGAAGCACAGGUUCAUUCUUUGAGGGUAAUACUCCUAGUUAUGCGGAUCUUUUUCUUGUGUCAAACCUGGCAGCUUUCCACAAUGAUGAUCAUGACUUGUGGAAACGUAUAAUGGCGCUUGGAGAUGGCGAGCUGAGGGUCCUUUGGGAUGCCUGCCUACCAUGGAUCACCAAGCAGGGUGAAGAAAAGGAGUGGAUUUUACAUCCCUAG